AUGGCUGCCCCCAAUACCAACGUGCCUAUGGCCACGACAUCGGCCUCUGCUGCUAUUCAAGCCGUUGGACCCGUUGUUUCCAAACCAGCAACUCAUGUUGAGAAGCCACAACAGUUCAAUGGGGAGGACUGUAAGAGGUGGCAACAAAAGAUGGUCUUUUAUUUGACCACUCUAAACUUGGCACAUAUCCUGAAGGAAGCAUGCCUAGUCACCACGGAAAAUGCAACUGCUGAGGAAGUAGCAGCCAAGAAAGCAUGGAUGCAUACGGACUUCCUGUGCCGGAACUACAUCCUAAGUGCCUUGGCGGACUCACUAUACAACGUAUAUUGUACUGCUUAUCCGACAGCCAAGGAUCUAUGGGAUGCUCUAGACAAGAAGUACAAACUGGAGGAUGCUGGGACCAAGAAAUUCCUCGUGGGGAAAUUUCUUGAUUACAAGAUGGUUGACUCCAAGUUGGUGGUCAACCAGUUGGAAGAACUGCAAGUGCUUUUCAAUGACUUGCUGAGUGAGGGACUGGUCAUAAAUGAACCUUUCCAAGUUGCCGCUGUGAUCGAGAAGUUACCACCCUCGUGGAAAGACUUCAAGAACUACCUCAAGCACAAGCGGAAAGAGCUGUCCAUGGACGAUCUGGCUGUCAGACUCCGCAUUGAAGAGGAUAACCGGAAGGGAGAUAAAGCUCCUCUCAGGAUGGAAGCAAGAGCCAACGUGGUUGAAGCUUCAAAAACUCAGCCCAAGAAACAACAAGGCAAGAAGAAGAAUGUGAACAUGGGUCCCAAGAAUAAGACCCCCACCAAGCACAUCCAAGGGACCUACUGGGUGUGCGGCAAGACAGGUCAUAGGGCCAUUGACUGCCGUCACAAGAAGGGAUAG